AUGAGCCCGACUCUCAACAAUAUCAUAUCUUCCCUGCAGAGAAGUGGAACAUUUAUCAAUUUUUUAAUUGCUGCUUUGACCACUGGUGGGCAACAGCUUUGCUCUUCUUUCACAUUCAGAUGUCCCUGUCAGGCUGGAAAAAAUUUCUGCUAUGGUUCUGCUUUUCUAGUCAUUCCAGCCUUGAUCCUUCUGGUUGCUGGCUAUGCUCUGAGAAGCCAGAUGUGGACCAUGAGCAGUGAAUACUGCUGCAGCUGUGGCCCUCCACAGCGGAGAAUCAGCCCCCUGGAGCGCAAGCUCGCUUGUCUUCGGUUCUUCAGCAUCACCGGGAGGGCACUCAUUGCCCCAUUAACAUGGCUGGCCGUAACCCUGCUGACAGGUACCUACUAUGAAUGUGCGGCAAGUGAAUUCGCAUCUGUGGACCGUUACCCAGUGUUUGACAACAUCAGCGCCAGCAAACGGAAAGAGGUCCUAGCUGGGUUUCCAUGUGGCAAAUCGGUUCCAUCCGACAUGAUCCUGGUAAGAGAUGAAGUAGGUCUUCUGCACAGAUACCAGUCACAAAUGCUGGGCUGGAUUUUGAUCACCUUGGCAACCAUCGCUGCCCUGGUCUCCCACUGCGUGGCGAGGUGCUGCUCUCCCCUCACCUCUCUGCAGCAGUGCUACUGGACCAACCACCUCCACAACGAGAGGGAGCUCUUUGAACAAGCUGCCAAGCAGCACUCACGGCUCCUCAUCAUGCAGCGCAUAAAGAAACUCUUUGGCUUCAUUCCUGGAAAGGAAGAUGUCAGACACAUCCGUAUUCCUUCGUGUCAGGACUGGAGAGAUAUUUCAGCACCCAAUCUUCUCUGCAUGGGUGAGGACUUGCAAGGUCACUAUAGCUUCCUUAGAGACAGGGUGGAUGAGAAUAAUGAGGAAAGCAAAUCCGAAGGUAUUGAAUUAAAACCUUGAUUGUAGUAGCUCUCACAGUUCAGGUUGCCUAACAGAUACUUUAUUUUUAUGAUGAUGGAGUUUCAAUGUAAUCUCUUCACCUUUU